GGCGUCUUUUCGCCCCGACCAAUGAGUGAGCCGAAACGAACGGUCCGUGACACACGCGAUUGCAUACCGGCCGGCUGCGUUCGAUUUCUAAAAUUCGAUUUUUAAAAAUCCUACCAUAACCAAUAUAGUUGUUUUUUUUUUGAAGACAGACUGUGAGUGUAUUGAAAAUCAAGUGUGAUAAAAAAACUAAACAAAUAAAGAUAGUUAAUUUAUACUUUUUUAUUUUUAACGUGAAUUUCUCGAACUUUUUCCACAUACCGCUAAAGGAUGGAACAGAAGAAAGAAAUCAAUCUAGACUCCGUGCUCGAGAGUCUGGGACCGUACGGACGCUACAAUCUAUUCAAUUUCGUCUUGCUACUGUUCCCAGUACUUUUGACCAGUUUCUUCGAAUGCGGAUUCAUUUUUGAAGCCCAGGAACAGAUAUACAGAUGCAAAGUCCACGGGUGCGAAGAAAGAUUCAACGACACAUCAUGGCUGAAGUAUGCAGUGCCCACAAACGCGGAGAAGAAUCUCCCAGAAUCCUGCGAGAGAUAUGCCCCUAUAAACAACAGGACAAUCGUUGAACAAUGUCUGCCGGACGAAUUCACCAACAAAACCAUACCUUGCGACAGUUUCGUCUAUGAAGAAGGACAGUCUUUGGUUAAAGAGUUCAAUCUAGGGUGCCAAGAAUGGAAGCGCGCAUUGGUAGGGACCGUGCAUAACUCGGGAAUGUUCGCAGCGAUGCUUAUGACUGGCGCGGUGUCAGACAGAUAUGGCAGAAGAGUGGCUGUUGGCAUCGCCGCCACUGCCAGCUUCGUCUUUGGCAUAUCCAGAGCGUUCUCGCCGGAUUACAUCACGUAUCUGGUGUUGCAUUUCCUGGAAGCUGCGUUUGGUGGAGGUUUAUAUCCAUCUGCGUAUGUCUUUGCGGUAGAACUGGUCGGCUUGAAACAGCGGGUCAUCGUCUCAGCGAUGUGCAACAUGACCUUCGUCGUUGGCGUCGUCCUCAUCGCCGUCCUCGCUUGGUUCGUGGACAACUGGCGGACCUACAUCCUCAUCCUAUACAGCCCAGCCAUCAUUGUUGGUAUAUACGUGUGGUUCAUGAACGAAAGUGCAAGAUGGCUGCUAAGCAAAGGCAGAAAGGACGAAGCUAUAUCCACACUGAAAAAGGCUGCCAAAAUCAACAAUUUAGAUCCUCGGAUGUUAGAUUUAGAUGCCUUGAGUGAUCCACUGUUGAAACCAAUAAACCAACCCGAGGAUAAGAAAUCUCAGUUCUCGAAAGCAAUACGCUCGAGUAUUAUAUGGAAGAGGUUGUUGAUAUGUUCGUUUCUAUGGUUGACGUGCUCUCUAGUUUACUACGGAAUGUCGAUUAACUCAGUGUCGUUGAGUUCGAACAAGUAUGUGAGUUUCAUGUUGGUUGUGUUAGUGGAGAUACCAGCGUAUAUCGUGGUGGUGAUCGUGUUGGACAAAUACGGUAGGAAGAGGACGAUGAUUGUGACUUACACUACAUGUGCGCUUACCAGUUUGCUGUUCGCCUUUUUACCAAGAUCGGAUCUCUGGUCCAUCCCCCUGUAUCUGAUCGGCAAAUGGAGUGUCACACUGACGUACAGUUCGGUGUACAUCUACGUGUCAGAGGUGUUCCCUACGAACAUGCGUCAAACACUCAUCAGCGUGUGUUCUACUGCCGGCAGGAUAGGAUCGCUGAUCGCACCACUGACUCCGCUACUGUCUGAGUACCACAAAUCGAUGCCAACGGUCCUCUUUGGGGGUAUGUGCUGCAUCUCCAGUUUAUUGGUGCUAAUGCUGCCGGAAACAAGGAAUGUCAGACUUCCCGACACGAUAGAAGAGGCCGAAGCACUAUCCAGAAAGAAGACAAAAGAAGACGCUAUGUGAAGAAGAGAAGAGUUGAUAAAAUUAGAUUACUUCAAAAGGAUUCCUUUUUACAAACUUUUAUUUUUAGAGCCUCAGUAGCUCAACGGUAGGAGCGGUCGGACUCAUCACCGAAAGGUGGUGGUUCGAUCCUCGCUCCGUUGAUCUAUUGUCAUACCCACUCCUAGCACAAUCUUUCCCGACUAAUUAUAGGGGGGUGGGAUUAUUGGUAAUAUUAAAUAUUCUUUUCAAAAAAAAAAAAAAAAACAAUAGAUAAAAACGCCAAUUUGGGCCAAGUAUAGACUGAAUUUUAGAACAGUUUUUCCAAAAGGUUUUUAAUGCAUUUUUAUGUUUUGAUGACUAUGUAUGAUUGGUUUUUAUGUGUUGUCAUUUCAAAGCCCAUUUUUAUGUCAUGACAAAUGAAAAAAUCUCACCCCGUACAAGCUUAUUUAGAAAUAUAGUAUAAAUAAAAAGAAGUAGUUUUCUACUACGAAAAUUCUGCUAUGAAAAUGGCAUAAGUAUUAAGUAAUUAGCUGAGAAAUAGAGUCAAUAUUAAAAAGUAUUAUAAUAGAAGAAGAAAUAUUUUAUUGCACUCAAUAUAAAACAAAUUGAAAAUUAUAAAACAUAAUUAAAACUAAAAAUUAGCAGGCAAAGGCGGCCUUAUUGCUAAAAUCAAUCUCUAAAUCCCUAACAGUAAAUAAGCCAAAAUCAAAAUUUAUUUAUUUCAAUUUAGGCUUACAAGCACUUUUGAAACAUCAGGUAAUACUAAUAGAUAAUGGUGAUAAUAAUUAGUCGAAAGCUAUAAAUAAAAGUUACGAUACAUUAAAACACAUAUAGGGUACGCGCUAUGUUGAAUGGCAAAAGAAAUUCCCUUUCAGAAAAAGUCAAAAAAGGUUUAUAAAUGGAAUUAACCAUACAAAGCUUUUAUAUGUUCUUGUAUACCAAUGAUAUAAAGCUUUAGUUUCCUCAUUUACCUUUGUUCUCAGUUGCUCACUCAAAGGCAAUUUAAUAAGUUCUUCAAAUGGGGUUUUUAUCUUUUCUUUAUGUUGCCCGUAAAGUCGACAAUGGAGCAAUUCAGACUAGUUUCUAUUGUUGCAAUAUUGUUGUGGGUGCAAUUAUGAUUAAACAAUGUUCUCAUCUUUCAGUAAACAAGUAAACACAUCUGGGAUGUUAUUCUAGCAGCUAUUUACCCUACUAUUUACAGUUUCACGUUAAAAAGAGACUAUUUGAAUCAGUUGAAAUUUCUGAUUUUUCAAUUACUGACAUAGUCAUCUAUCAACGCAUAGCCCAAACCACUGGACGGAUGGCGCUGAAAUUUGGCAUGCAGGUAGAUGUUAUGACGUAGGCAUCCGCUUUUCGUCAUUUAUGAUCCAAUUUUGAUAAUUCUUUUUUCUUUGAAAUGGUAUACUUACUUCCAGGUUGGUCCCAUUUAAUUUUCAUGAAAAUCGGUUUUGUUAAAAUUAAAAUAAAUUAAAUAAGGUUUUGAAGUCGGAUCGAUUUUUAUGUUAAAAAGAUUAUACAAGUUUUAAAGUUAGUAAGCGUAUUAUUUGAAAAUUCAGAAAUUUCAACUGAUUCAAAUAGUCUAAAAUCACUAUUUAUCAAUUAGAAACUAUCUUCACCCAUUUGUUUAUUGGAUGUAAGGUGUUUUACAUUAAAUAUUAUUAUUAUUAUGGGUUGGCAGUUAUGUAGGCGGUUUCCAAUUCGGAUCUUCUAGUAAAAAUGUUCAAACUUUCAUAAAUGUAGUAUGUAGUUUAAAAACUUAAUAGGCAGAUAUAUAAUUGUAUAUUUCAAUUAUGUUAUGAACAAGUUCAUAAUUAAGCAAAUCCGCCUGCAUUUUAAAUUACUCGUAGUUAAUGAAACUCUGACAAAUUCGCAUUUUAUUUAUUUCUUUUUAAUUAACUUAAAAUAAAAUGUAAUUUAAAUUUAACGUUUUAUUUAUUAACUUCUAAUUAACAGUAUAAAAGUAUAAGCUCUUAAUAAAGUUACUUAAAAUUAAUGAAUAAAUACUUACCAAAUCAAGUUUUAAUUUGGUUGUAAAAUGUAUGAAAUAUAAUAUGAACUUCAUAAAAUCAUUCCAGGAUUUUCCUGGGUGAAAACCAAAAAUAUUUUUCUGUGAAAAAUGUACUUAGAAUAAUUUUAAUAUUAUACUUGUGUUUUUUGAAAUAUUUUGAAACCGCUGGGAAUGGAACCCGGAACUCUCUAAAGAAGUGGACUGUGGGCGAGUUUGAAAACAUUGUAACUACCCGAGAUCCAGGUUCGAAUCCUAGUAGUUAUAAGCAUUUUUGAUGUGUUUAAUAUUUUAUCUAUACAGCCCUACUCGAUCUGUACUGUUUACCAACAAACAAAUUAUAAAUGACGGUAGGGAUUAAUAGUAUCAUUAUAUAUUAUAAUAUUAUAAUUCAAAAUUAUAAUAUUAUUAUAUAUUACUUAAACUUCUUCUUAAAUUAAUGAAAAUAAAUUCGAUUAAUCAUAUAUAUUUUGAAUAUUUUUUUAUAAACAAACAAUUCAUAAUUUGAAAUUAACAAGUUAUGAAAUGACGUGCAUUUUCUACCUUCAUAUUUUCUAAUUUGUAUGUUCUUACAGUAUACAUCGAGUAGGGCUGUUGAAUAGCUUUAAGUAUUAAGAUUAAACGUAACUUAGAUAAGUAAUAUUAGGUAUACAAUAUAUUCAAUAAAAUUUGGAAUCUAUAAUUGAACAAUAAGUCAAUGGGGAUGAUGACUAGGUUUAUUAUUUGUAUAUAUUAAUUUUUAUGAUACUUUCGGGUAAAUUAGGUCAAUGUAAAUUUAUUGCAAUUAGAUGAAAAUUCAUACAGUUUUAGCUUCCUUACAUUAAAUGUGACAUUUUUAAUACAUCAACUAUAAACUUAAACGCACUAAUAACAAAGAUAUUAGUAAUUUUGUUUGAACGCACAUACACAUCUAACGAUCAUUACAUUGCAUACGACGUCAUUAGUUCGUACCAUUUUGUAUGGGGCGUUUUUCAGGGAUCCGCGGCAGCGCCGCAAAUCUGACCCUUUAAAUCCCUGUUAAGCUCUGAAAGUAAUGAUCGCAGAUACCUUGUUACUUUUACAAAAUUGCUUUACUAUUAGCAUACUCUUAAUUUAUAUACAAUUAAAAAAACUGUCACCAUCCCUAUUGUGUGACUGUAUAGCAGUGACGUGCACUUCAUAUGUGCAUAAAAUGCUUGCCUACCCUAAGGACUCGACUAUUCGAGAAGGAAUAUUCCAUUUUGUACAAUUUGUACAUAUAUGUCCGACUCUAAUUAAACACCUUUUGCACGCCGCUGCUGUGUAGUCAUAUAACUAAAUAAAUGACACACUUAUUCAAGAACACAGACAUUUAUCUACAGUAUUUUAGUAAUUAUUCUGUGUAUGUACACCUAAAUGUCAAUGCUAUUAUAAAACCUUUCCUGUGGUGACAAAUUACUUAUUAUUUAAAUCUAGAUUUUAGUCUGCAUUUAAUUUUAAUUAAAUUCAGACUAAAAUCAGACUAGUUAAUUACUUGAAAAAUAAUUGUAAUCUACUCUAGAUUAAUGCACCCAGACGAUUUUAAUUUAGUCUAAGUUAUUAAGUUAUUCUUUAAAACUCUCGAAUUAUUUUCCUAAUCAACCAAUCACAUUGUUUACAGACAUGUAAUAAUUUCACAAUAAAAUAAACAUAAAAAUAUA